AAAAGAUGGCGGGAGUCACAAAUUGAAAAACGUGACAGUUUCGUUUAGCAUGGCAUAGAGUGAAGCUGGAAGUUUCAAGAAUAGUUUUAAGAACACAAAUAAUUGGUUAAGAUGGGAGAUGAACUGGUCAUACCUGCCUCUCCAAAUUGGUACUGCUCAUCUGCAGCUGCAAGCAAUGAUCAUGGGAUGUAUGCAUUUGCUGCAAGAAAUCAGAUAUAUGUAUUUGAUAUUACUGGAAAUUCUCCAGCAUUCAGAAAAUCUUUCCAGUUACAAAAAGACAGGGUUACUUCAUUGUGUUGGAUGGCAUCUGAGAAUUCUGGCAGGUCAUGUAUUGGAAGUGGGGGUGAAGAUGGAGUUGUCCGAAUCAUUGAUAUCAAUGCAAGCAUGACUAUAGUUGCAGAGCAGAAGAAUCAUCAGGCAAAGAUAUCUUCUAUAGUUUCUCCUGCAAAUGACACAGUUAUAUCUGGUGAUGAAAAGGGAUUGCUGGUAACUUGGAACUAUGUCAAAAGUGAAUCUUCUUCGUGGAAUCCAUCACCAGUGGCUAUUAUGUGUAUGGAUGCAACUAAAUUACAGCAGUCAGUUCUGGCUGUAGGCUAUACCAAUGGCCAUGUCAUUGUAGUAAACAUGAAAAGGCAAGAGGUUCUUCAAAUGUACAAGAGUCAUCUAGAUGAAGUCCAUUCAGUUGUUUGGCAGCCAGUAUCUACUCAAACCAAUGGUGAUGGUUUGCUUCUUGCCUCCGGUUCAAAAGACAAGACCAUUCGCGUGUGGAACAUCGAGCAAGAAAACCCUGUCCUCACUCUGAAUAUACCAUCCAAAACGUCUGCCCAAAAAGGGCGAAAGAAAGCUGAUGAUAUGGGGCGUGUGAAAAUAUGGACUACGCUGUGCUGGCAGGACAAAUCCACAUUGAUUUCUAGCAGCAUUGCUGGUGGUGACAUACUGGUCUGGAAUCUAAGCAGCAAAGAGUUCAAGACAUUAUCUCAUGGCCACACAAGAAUUAUCUUCAAUAUAACCAUCGACCCUACUGUUAAGAAAAUGAUCACAACAUCGAUGGAUAGACAAGUACUCCUAUGGAAUUCAGAGACGCACAGCCUACUCGGUUGCGUUCCAAGUUUGGGGGGCUAUGUUUAUUCCGUCACGACAUCGUUGCUCGAUCCGUAUAGCAUCAUUUAUGGCGUUGGUGAUAACGUUAUCCGUGUUUGGAAUACAAGAGACAGCAAUCAGCCAUAUGACACCAUUAUGCUCUGGCAAGGAAUAAAAUCAAAAGUUACUGUUGUCGUUUGUCACCCACGCAAAGAGGGUGUUGUUGGGUUUGGAACGGAUGAUGGCCACGUUGGCAUCUAUAAUAUUGCCUCUAAAAAAUUUGAAGUUUCUAUCUCAUACCAUAAAAAGACAGUAUAUUCAUUGGCUUGGGGACCAAAUUGUGGAGAAGAUGCAAACGACAACGACAGUGCAGGUGGAAACUGUCUAUAUAGCUGUGGAGGAGAAGGGUCCAUCCUAAUUCAUUCGAUGAAUCGCUUGCAGAAUAAAGCCAGGGAUAUGAAUGCAAUAGUGAGAAAAACAAACAGCAUCAAGGAAAGAUUUCCUUCGAGAAGUGACGUUGAAUGGAGAAAAGAUUUCAAGUUUGUCGCUGUUGGAAAUGAUGAUGGGUCUGUUGAGAUAUUUUCGAGUCCAAAUCUGCAAAGCAUUUGCAUCAUUCUUGUCCACCGCAAGAUCAUAAAUUGUAUGAAAUGGCAUCACCAGUUUGACAUUUCUCACAUUACAACCGGAAAUGCAUUUGCGAAUUGGCUUGCAACUGGCUCCAGCGAUAAUUACGUGUGCGUCACUGAUAUCUCGCAAGCGAUAGAUGGCAAGACCCUUGGCCAGAAGCAGAUUGUAAUAAAAGAGAAGUUUCGGUAUUUCAAUCACCACAGUCAAAGAAUAACGAGCUUAUCGUGGUCGCCUCAUUCGAUGGAGCUGCUCGCUUCUUCUAGUUAUGAUGGGACAGUUCAGAUUUGGAAUGUUAGCAAAAAUGAGCCGAUUGCAAACUAUCGAGGGCAUUUAGGCCGUGUGCUUUGUGUUGAGUGGAGUCUUGUUGAUCCUGACGUCAUAUACUCUGGAAGCGAAGAUUUCACGCUACGAAGAUGGACUAUAUCCUCAUGCAAGCACGUAAUGCCUACAGAUGUCAAGAAACAAGUAACUGGCUCUAGAAAGAGCGAAAAACCAAAGGCAAAAACAACGGCAAAACCUCAAACUGCGUCAGAACCUACAGGUCAACCAGCCGUAGAGGAAUCUCUCGUGAACCAACGUCAGUGUGGUGAACCCAAGGACGCUGUGGUGGAUUCUUCUGAUGAUGGACUCGGAGCGAGAUUAAUCUCCACUGAAGACUCUACGGUGUCUCCUUCUGACUUGAAGUCGAGGUUAACACAAGAGGAUGCCUUAAAGCGAUCGUCCUGUAAAGGUGAUACAAAAAAGAAGAAACCAAAAUCACUUUUUCCAUUGUCUGCCACACAGAACCAUAAACAGAAAGCAGCCAGUCAAAAGGAAUGCAUAAUGCUUGCCAAGCAUCUUAAAGAGGGAUCAAGUAUGGAUAGUUCCGUUGGAGAAUUUGUGCCGGGAAAAGCUGAGUAUGUAAAUCUUGGCUUGUUUGGUGAUCGGCCUUCAGCAUUCAAGAUGUUUACUACUGAAGGUCAAAAUCACUUACUUUCUGGCAAUUGUGAGCAGCAGCUCCAUCUAGAGUUAUGGAAAGGUAACUUGGAAGGUGCACUCAGUAUUUGUAAGCAGAAAGGAGAGCUGAAUGAGAUGGUUGUUGCCAUGAGUCCAAUAGGGGGUUUCGAUGUUUGGCAGUCAACCAUGAAAGCAUACGCAGACCAGCUUGCAUCAAAAGGAGACUAUUUUGCUGCAGCCUCGUAUUACGUUGCCGUCAACAAAGUCAAAGAAGCGAUUGAAAUGUUCAAGGCCCAGAAUAUGUUUAAAGAGGCAAUUGCUUUAGCUAAGGUAAGACUGUCAAGCAGGGAUCCUGUUCUAAUUGAACUGUACAGACAAUGGGGUGAAAAGCAGAUUGCAGAGGGGUGCUAUGAAAAUGCUGCGAAAUGUUAUAUUGCAGCUGGAGAUUGUGAUACUGCUAUUAAGAUAUUGGCAAGAAAAGGUGAUGUCAGCUCUUUGAAAACUGCUGCUCAGGUUGCAAUUGUUUACGAUAAUAUUGAAGUGGCAGAAUCCUAUUUGCAACACUGUGCAGAGGCUUUGCUAACUGAUUUUAAAUGGACAGAAGCCAGCCAGGUCAUUGAAAUGAUGCGAAACCCGAAGGGAUACACCUUCCUUGCGAUCGUUCAUGAGCUGACAAUGCGCUUCCUGUCAGGUACAGAAAGUGAUGUGGUUCUCAGCUUUACCGCAAGCAUUGAGAGGAAUGGACAUUAUAUACCGUCUGAUUGUCAAUUUGAAUCUGUCAAUACACACACAAAGAGUGACCUGCUACAAAAUUUGAAGAAAGAACCAAACAAAGUCAUGGAAAUCGCUUGUGACGUCUUCCAUCGUAAGUUUGAUACCACUCCUCUGCACGGAUUAUUUGAGAAUGACCAUUGGCAACUGUCCCAGAGCUUCAAUGCUGGAAAAGUGAUUACAGUAAAUGACUUGAAAGUUGCCAUGUUGUCAAUUUCUUUCGAAGUUGCUAUGGGAAUCAAAAGCCUUUUAGAGGGAAAUUCUUACCAUUGUCUUUUACACUGGCUUCAAACAUUGGAAAUCGCCUACAGCUCUCAUCAGUUUGAGGCUCUUGAGAAAUUGUACAAGCUGCUCCUUCCUAGAGAUUUCACAACGGUUGAAUUGAUAACAGCCUCGGUCCUGGACAAAUCUUCAAAUGAUGAAGAGAGACAAAAAGCUCACUCACUUUUUUAUAAUUUUGAUGGUUAUCACAAAACUGCAAUUUUGUUUCAUUUCUGGUGGAAAAUAUUUCCCACAUUGAUACGCAGAUGGGAGAAAAUUAAAGAUGGUUUAGAAGGGGGCUUUUCAAAUUACAACAGUAUCGAAAGAACUUCACUCUCUGAAGCCAGUUACCAAAAUAUUGAUAUUGGAAAUUUCUUAGCAUUUUUGUCUGGUAUUUCGUCAUCGCUACUAUUAACUUCAUUUGGAAGGAUUGCACAAUUAAAGUCAUGCAUUAAAAGCUUGGAUCACAAUAUUUUAGAGGCAAAAAUAAAGAGACAAUUGCGACAACAUAUAAUUUCCAAGGUUGGGAAGACCAAGAAAAAGAAACCUGUAAAAGGCGAUGAAAUUUUAAAUGAGGGUGAUUCCAAGACGAACUGGCGUGCAAGUGACAAAUCAGAAGAUGACAAGAAAGACACGGAAGGGGAAGUUGUUCAGAAAUCAGGGGAACAGAAAGUAGAUAUACUUGGAAACGAAAUUACUGUAAUUGAUGAUGAAAGCUUUCAGCAGAUGGAAAUAGAAAGUGAACGAUUUAAAAAGGAACUCCAAUCCUGGCUAAAUGAAUCAGCGGAUUUGCCGUUUCCAGAUUGUUUUGAAAACGCAAAAAUUCUCCUCCAUAUCAUAUGCUCGUCCAUCAAGAGUCUCCCACAAUCAGACAUUGUAUCAAAGUUGACGCUGUUGGCAAAAGAUAUUAUAAAAUGGGGACUUUCAAACAGUCUAUCUUCGGAUGACGCAAAUUGUUUCGAACGUUUUUCAAAGAGGCUUGGAAGCCAAUGACGUUAGAAUUCAGGGGGUGUCACUUCAAUGCCUCUUUCUGUUCACAAGGAAUUGAAAGGGAACAACAUAUGUCAAUUCUUUUAAUGAAAAGGAUUUAUUGGAUAAAGUAUGAAGAUACGUGGCUUGUUUAUAAGAAAUUGCGGAGAUAGAUAAACUUCUAUACAAGUUUGGGUUUCUAUGCCCAGAUAAUACAGCUGCUAAAAUGAAAUAAGCUAGUCAACUUGCAAAGUAAUAGUUUCAGAUUUUGUUAAAGUUUCAAAAUUAUUCAAUUUGAAGAUGCACUCGCGAAAACAGGCUUCCCCUUUUCACCCUGUACUGUGGUCUAUAACGAAUAGCUUACAUUUUAUACAACUUUUGUCUAAUCCUAUGUUUAUGGGAAAAUGGUAAGGAUCUGAUCAGUAUGUUUACAAAACUUCUCUUGUAUCUACCCUCUAGUCUUAUCAAACUGCUCUUUCACAAGGUCACUUUUGUUUGAUUUGCAUUUUGCUCACUGAAAAUUCCCGAGAUCGUGCCUUUUUAUAUGACAGGAAUGCCAUCUUUCUAUAUCAUUCCAGUUUGGAUUCCUUCCCUCUCUAUUACAAUAAUUGUUUACACUCUAUUCCAAUGUUUGUUUUAUUAGAAUGUAGUCCAAAUUUUAUUUUCCUUGCAAAUUCUUUUAUAAAGAGAGUUUUAUGAAUUGAGAGAUUUGUGUUUUUGAAUUUAUAUGAAAUUUCGUAUAUCAACAAUUUCGUGUUUUCUUGG